CUAGCUCCACGUUUUCUCGGGCAUUCCUCAACUGCUUUCUGAACCUACUGAACUGUACAUUCUGAACCUACUGCAGAGGAACCUCCAGUCACAGCACCAUGAACCAAAGUGCUCUUCUUAUUUUCUGCCUUAUCCUUCUGACUCUGAAUGGAGCUCAAGGAAUACUUCUCUCUAGAACUACACGCUGUACCUGCAUCAGUAUUAGUAAUAGAUCUGUAAAUCCAAAUUCCUUAGAAAAACUUGAAGUGAUUCCUGCAAGUCAAUCUUGUCCACGUGUUGAGAUCAUAGCCACAAUGAAAAAGAACGGGGAAAAAAGAUGUCUGAAUCCAGAGUCCAAGAUGGUCAACAACAUACUGAAAGCACUUAGCAAGAAUGGGUAGGUUUGACAAGAUCUUCAACCCAGAGCAAAGCAUAAUCACUGCACUACUGAUGCGGAUGGACCAUCACAUCCUUACAUACAGUAUUUGUCAACUCAAAUGGUUUUUCUGGAUUGCAGUUCUCCUAAAGGGUGACCAACCACAGUCACCAGAUUAGCUGCUAUUACUCCUGCAGGGAAGUGGAUGGCUCACCAUCCUGAGAGGUUCAGUAGUAACUUGGCCCUGGUACUAUAGUUACUAUAAGCUAUGCUCAGGCACUACGGUCUUAGCAAACAUGCCAAGACCUAGCCUUGCUUUCCUUACCUUCUGUACCUUCUAAAGCUUAUUAAGAGAUCUUUUCACUUCGGCGCUUACCAGAGUUCUUAAAAAUCUCAAAUAACUAAAUGGAAUGCAUUCAAAAUAAUACAAUCUGCUUUUUAAAGACAGAUCUUUACUCCAGGGGCUUCUAGGGCCAUCCUCCCAAGGGGCUCAGAUUUUUCUAGUGGUCAUGUUAUAUAUAUUGAAAAUACACAGAAGCUAGAAAUGUGUGCAAAUAGUAUUAUUUAAUGAAAGACUAUACAAAGUAGAAUUCUUAGAUGCAUAUGUUUCUUACAUUGUUUUCAGUGUUUAUGAAAUAACUUGUGUAAUUAAGUACUACCCAUGAAUGAACAUUGGAAGAAACUUUAAAAUCGAGAUAUUUUGUUUUCAUGUUGUAUAAGACAAAUAUGCUGGAUGUUUUUCAAAAUAAAAAUGCUGUGCUUUUCUGGAAAUAUUAAGAAAGAUUAUUUAACUGUUCAGAAGCCAAGAAGGUAAUAAAGUCAUUACAACCAUGA